AUGACUAAUAUUCUGGGCAGAUCAUUGUACGAGAAGUACCCUCGCCCCAGGCCGAUCAAGCACUUUGACUCCGUCCUGGGACUCAGUGGCAUCGCUGAGGGUGCUCAUGGUGUUUUCUACGUGGCUGGAGCCAACACCACUCUUGAUAACAUCAGCGACCCGCCCACCAACGCCACUCAUAUAUGGGAGGUCGACUUCACGAAGAACAGCCAUCACCCGCACGCCAAGCUCCUGUGCCGCCCCGGGGCACCGACCGAAUUCAACGGCAUGGCCGCCUCCAACGAGACAAUCGUGCUCGCCAGUGCUUCCUACCAGGAUUCCAUUUUUGCCAUUGACACCAAGAUUGGUUACACAUGGGAGGCCAUGAAGCAGACCAGCCUGAUGUCCAAUAUCAAUAGCAUCAAGGUCUCCGACGGCUACCUCAUCUUCCAGGGCAGCGCGUGCGAUGACUUUGCAAUAUCUCCUAAAGGGUUCACGCUCAACUCGACCUUUGGCUCGGACAUUGAACAGGUGACCUUCACCAAGAAUGGUACUGCUGUUGGCCAUGAGAUUAUUGCUGGUGCUGAAGAUCCCACUGAGGUUGUUGAGCCCACUGGUGUCUUCUUUGGACGUGAUGAGGGCGAGUUGAAUAAGAUCUAUGUUACCACUGGUAGUGCUCGCGCCGCUAACGUGGAUGUCAACGGUACCGACGUCGCUGUUGGCGCUCAGUUGCUGGAGAUUCGGUUGAGCUAG